AGCUGAGGUAGAUCGAAAGAUACAUGCUUGUGUGCAUGUAUGUAUGUAUGCAUUGAUGGCAGAAAUUCAGUAGUAGUUAAAGGGAGGGAGUGGGAGAGAGAUGCUCAAAAGUUAAGCUACAUGAACACAUGUCUGCGUAUAUUUUGAUGAAUAUUUUAAUGUAGUUGAGGAGUAAAAAUGAAAGCUUUGCCGGGAAAGAUGGGAAAGAGAGAGAAACAGGAAGAGCUGUUCUUGUUGUUGAAGAAGCAGAGGCAGCAAAAAAUGGUUAUGGAGAUACGAGCCACCACCAUUGCCGCAAGAACUAGAAAGGGAACCUUCCUUUUCCUACUUUUCAUUCUCGUCCUCUUCAUCCUUUGAUUUCUCAAAUAAGUCUUGGCUUGGCGACCUCCUUUUUUUUUUUCUUAAACUUUUCUUGCUUUUUUAACCAUCAAGAUUUGAUUUUUCUCUCUCUUUACUGACAUUCUUGGAUUUCUGUAAUAAGCCCAUAUAAUGCUUGGAUUUUCUUGAUCUGGGUUUUCUUUUACUAAUAUAUACGGGAAGAACUUUUGGGGUACUGAAAUUUCAAGUACUUUCUUGAUUCUUCUUGUUGGUGGGUGGACUUUCUUUGUUUUUCUGUUUUUCCCUUUUUACAAUCUUCCUUGUAAGUUUUACUGUUUGAUUGAGGGAAAAUAAUCCGAUCUUGGUUCUUGUGGUGUAGUUGUGCUAAGCUCUGGAUCUUGGGGUCUGUUUUAUGAAAGAAUCAUUCUUGAAGUCUAAUGUUGACGAAUCUGGGAUUGGUUGAACUAAGUUUCAAGGGUGUUUGAAUUCGUUUGGCGAGUUUAGAAUUCCCUUUAGUGCUGUUGUUGUACAAUUGUAUGUUUUUGUCACUGAAAUCACACAAUUUUGGGAGUAAAAAUCCUUCAUUUGUGUGAAUUUCCUUCGAGGCAUUUGGUUUCUCCUCAAGAAUGAGUUUUCUCUUCUCCUUGUUGUACGACUUACUGGAAACAGGAAUAUACAUACAUACAUGACAUCCUAACGGGAAAAGGGAAAACCCACCUCUUUUUUUGUGGGUUUUGAUAGUUGGAUAGUUAGUCUGAUAAAUUUUGAGUUCAGACAGAAACAUAGUCAUUGAUAUUUAUUUGUAACUGUAGAUAUAAAUUAGGAGACCAGCAUACCAGGUUUUCUCUAGAAGCCUGAUUUCAAGUGUUAUCUGUGGUGGGAUGUUGGUGGUCUAUGGGAAUACCUGAUAAUUCACUACUGGAUUUGAUAGAGAAGGUUAAGUCUUGGAUAUCUUGGGGAAAUAGUAAUUCGAGUUCCAUAUCCCGUGGAUUUGAGAUGACUGAUAACAAUAGCAACAUGUGCUGUCGUUGUGAAGUUAAAUUACUAAAUUCUUGUCUCAAGUACCAGUGCCAAAGCUGUGGAAGGCUGUUGUGCGGGAAAUGUGUGCAAGGACUUGCAUCUAUGGAUGUAAUUGCCCCUACUCGUCUGAGGGAGACGAUGGAGGCUGUGUGUAGUAUCAAGACAUGCAAGCUUUGCGUUGAACUUGGUCCCCUAAAUAAAGCUGCCCAAAAAUGUAGCGGUAAAAUCUAUCCCUCUGAUUCUCCAAGACAAAGCCCAGAACCACCAUCACCAAGUUUUAGUGGUGAGAGAUCCGAUAGUCAAUCCCCCCAUGCUCUGACUAGAAACAGUGAUGAGUUCCUUUCAGACCAUCCAUCUCCAGUAUCUGAUCAUCGCUCACCAAGCAGGAGUGAUGACGACGAGGAAGAGGAUUCAACAAGUCACUUUCUCAGUGCAGCAAGUGAAUACUUCCGUGAUACUUCUGAUGUAGAUUCUAUUAGUGGUAGACAUGAAUUUUAUAGUUUUACAUCUGUUGGAUCAAGCCCAUCAGAUAGCCCCUCUAGGAUCCAUAUUACUUCCAAUAGAGUUGGGCGUUGUGUACAGCAAGGGCGUGGGGGAAUCCCUAGGUCCCAAAAUGAUGGUCCCUUUGACAAAGAGCAGGCUGUUUUAGAAAAGGCUGCUAAAAGGAUUUGGGAUCCGGAAAAGAUUGAUGAUCUACCCAUUUUCGAUAAUAAGGGUGAGAAGUUGUCGCAACCAUUGGAUUUUGAAACCAAUGGUCUCAUUUGGUUGCCUCCUCCGCCUUAUGAUGUCUCUGAUGAGCUGGAAAACAAUUUCUUUACAUAUGAUGACGAGGAUGAUGAGGUUGGCGACUCAGGUGAAAUUUUUUCCCCUACUGCUGGUCUUGGUAGCAGCAUGUUUUUGGUGAAGGAGAGGCAGCAGGUUGAUCACAAGGAAUCCUUCAGAGCUGUUGUGAAGGGGCAUUUCAGAGCUCUUGUGUCACAGCUUUUGCAAGUGCAGGGCAUAAUCUCCACCGACAGCGACUGUGCAGAAGAUUGGCUAAACAUAAUAACGACAUUAGCAUGGCAAGCUGCAAACUUUAUAAAGCCUGAUACUAGUAGAGGAGGUAGCAUGGAUCCCUCUGACUAUGUAAAGGUCAAAUGUGUAGCUGCAGGAAGUCCUAGUCAGAGCAAACUUAUCAAAGGAGUUGUUUGUACAAAGAAUAUAAAACAUAAACGUAUGACGUCUCAAUACAAAAACACUAGACUACUUCUCUUAGGAGGAGCACUUGAGUACCAGCGAGUUCCCAAUCAACUGGCAUCUUUUAAUACAUUACUGCAACAGGAAAAUGACCAUUUGAAGAUGAUUGUUUCAAAGAUAGAAGCCCAUCGUCCUAACGUGCUGCUUGUUGAGAAAACUGUAUCUUCAUUUGCUCAAGAGCAAUUGUUAGCAAAAGACAUCUCUUUAGUUCUAAAUGUUAAAAGACCGCUAUUGGAGCGUAUUGCAAGAUGCACUGGUGCUAUUAUAACUCCCUCAACUGAUCAUAUAUCCACAACAAGGGUGGGGCACUGUGAACUCUUCCAUUUGGAAAAAAUUUCAGAAGACCAUGAACCAGUCAAUCAGUUCAACAGAAGGCCAUCGAAAACCUUGAUGUUUUUUGAAGGUUGUCCCAGGCGGUUGGGUUGCACGGUUCUACUGAGGGGCUCAUCCCGUGAAGACCUUAAGAAGGUGAAAACUGUUACCCAAUAUGCUGUCUUUGCAGCAUAUCAUUUGUCGCUAGAGACCUCCUUUCUUGCUGACGAGGGCGCCAGUCUUCCUCAAACUGGAGCAAAAUCCGCUCAUUUUACUGCAGAGAAGAUGACUCUAGAUAAGGCCAUCUCAAUAAUCCCUGAUUCUGCUGUAAAUACCACUUGUGGAGAAGAAGUUGACGACCCUCUUGUUAAUACUGGAUCGGCGGAUCUCAAUUUGGAGCUCGGGUUGCAAGAAUCCCUGUCUGCCCUUGGGGAGGUUGAUGAUGUGUCUAUGCCAGAUGAGUUUAAAUACAGAAGCGCACUAUCUGAGGCGUGUGACGAGAAUUUGGCAUUGGAUUUAAUGCUUUCUGACAUGAGGCAUACUUGUCCGAGCAUCAGAACUCAUAUCCGAAUGGCAUCACUAGGUCAAGUCGAGGGGCAAUCAGGUGAAGUUUCUGAACUAGCAGCUACUGAGAGAGCUGAUGGUGCCGAGGCCUCUAUUGAAUACUGUUCAGCUAAUGAUAAUAACGAGAGCAUAUUAGUUUCUUUCUCCAGCCACUGUAUCCUGAAUGGAACUGCAUGCGAACGUUCUCGACUUCUUCGUGUAAAGUUCUAUGGCCCUUCUGAUAAACCACUAGGGAGGUUUCUUAGGGAUGAUCUGUUUGAUAAGUCAUCUCGCUGUCAAUCGUGCAAGGAAUCGGCUGAAGCCCAUUCCAUUUGUUAUACUCACCAGCAUGGAAAUCUGACCAUAAAUGUUAGAAGCCUGUCCUCAGUUAGGCUUCCUGGGGAACAAGAUGGCAAGAUAUGGAUGUGGCACAGAUGCCUUAGAUGUUCGCCUAUAGAAGGAGUUCCACCAGCCACAAGAAGAGUGGUUAUGUCUGAUGCUGCCUGGGGCCUUUCUUUUGGAAAGUUUCUUGAACUUAGCUUUUCAAACCAUGCUACUGGUAAUCGUGUUGCAAGCUGUGGCCAUUCUCUGCAAAGGGACUGCCUAAGGUUUUACGGGUUCGGAAGUAUGGUUGCUUUCUUCCGGUAUUCUCCUAUUAACAUACUUUCUGUUCGUUUGCCCCCUUCAAUUCUCGAAUUCAGUAGUCCUAAGGAACAAAGCUGGUUAAGAAAAGAAGCAUCAGAGUUGUUGAGCAAAGCAGAAGCCCUGUAUGCAGAGAUAUCAGCUGUUCUUCAAGAGAUUAAUGAGAGGAGCUCAUCUUUUAUGCAUGAAUUCACCGACGCCAAUGACUUGCAUGGCCACAUCUUGGACCUAAAUGAUAUGCUUGCCAACGAAAAGAGUUACUACAAAGAUUCGCUCCAAUUAGCAGAUGAAGAGAUUCUGGAACAUGAUCGAGCAGAAGUUGACAUUCUUGAAAUUAACCGUUUGAGACAUUCUCUUCUAAUUGGUUCACAUGUUUGGGAUCGACGGCUAUACUUACUGAACUCCCUCCUGAAGAGAAGUUCCAGCCCGAAGGCNAAAGAAGGGGAUGGAGUGUACAAAUAUGAGGAGAAUGCUAUCAAUAUUACAUCUUUGGAACGCCUUCCUUCGGCUGCAUCCAUACUUUCUGAUAAGAUAGAUUCAGCUUGGUGUGGUACUGGUCAGGCACUGAUGACAGCUCAGUUGACCAAUACACUGAGUGCAGAUUUGUCUGAAGCUAUCUCAGUUGUCCCAGUAAAUCAAAAAGACAAUCCAUCUUUCAGAAGAUUAUUGUCACCAACAAGAGUUUACUCCUUUGAUUCUGCUCAGAGGCUUCAAGAAAGAAUGACGAAAGUACAGCCACCUUCUUUGCAUUUGUCGACACUUCGAUCUUUUCAUGCUUCUGGAGAUUACAAAUACAUGCUCAAGGACCCCGUUUCGAAUGUACAGAGGACUUACUCUCAAGUAUCACCACAUGAAGCUGAAAAGUUAAAUCUUACAUCGAAUGCCUCUCCUUCUUUUAUCUCUUCUAUAUCUCUCUUGCCUCAAGGAGCAAGAUCAAUGAUCCAGCAAAAUGGCCAAUAUGAUAUUGUUAUUGCUGUUUAUGAUAACGAGCCCACAAGCUUAAUAUCUUAUGCCCUUACUUCCAAAGAGUAUGUCGACUGGAUUGCUGAUAAGCCAAACGGCCCUGAAAGAGGAUCAAAUGCUAGUCUCAUCAACAAGAUGAAUUCAGUAGCUUCUGACCUUUCAACAUGGCGGUCUUUUGGUUCCCUGGACUUGGACUACCACUAUGCAAAUUACAGCUCUGAAGAUGCUUCGGCUACAGUUGGUUCCCUCAUCGCAGAUCCCAAGAAUUCUCCUAAUCUCAGAAUUUCUUUUGAGGAUGAGUCUUCACUCACUUUGGGAAAGGUGAAGUUCAGCGUCACUUGUUAUUUUGCAAAGGAAUUUGAUGCUCUUAGAAGGAAAUGCUGUCCUAGUGAAGUCGAUAUUGUACGUUCCUUGAGCCGCUGCAAGAGAUGGAGUGCCCAAGGGGGGACCAAGUCAUUUGACGAACGCUUCAUAAUCAAACAAGUAACGAAGACUGAGUUGGAAUCGUUCAACGAAUUUGCACCAGAGUACUUUAAGUAUUUGACAGAUGCUCUUAGCUCCGGAAGUCCAACUUGUCUUGCCAAAGUACUUGGCAUAUAUCAGGUUUCAGUCAAACAUGCGAAAACUGCCAAGGAAACGAAAAUGGAUUUGAUGGUGAUGGAGAACCUCUUCUUCAAAAGAAGCAUUUCCAAGGUCUAUGAUCUAAAGGGAUCAGCAAGAUCCCGUUACAAUUCAGACACAACGGGAGCAAACAAAGUACUAUUAGAUAUGAAUCUCUUGGAAACCUUGCAUACAAAUCCUAUAUUUCUUGGUAGCAAAGCCAAGAGGAGGCUGGAAAGAGCUGUUUGGAACGAUACAUCAUUUUUAGCUUCGGUGGAUGUGAUGGAUUAUUCAUUGUUGGUUGGGGUGGACGAGGAGCGGAAGGAGCUGGUGUUGGGGAUCAUAGAUUACAUGAGACAGUAUACUUGGGACAAGCAUUUGGAGACAUGGGUGAAGGCAUCUGGAAUUCUUGGUGGACCAAAGAAUGCUUCACCAACCAUUAUUUCUCCCAAACAGUACAAGAAAAGAUUCAGAAAAGCAAUGACAAACUAUUUUCUUACAGUACCAGAUCAAUGGUCAUCCUGAGCACAGUUCCAUUGUUCCUUGUUUUUGCUUUUCUUCAUGUAAUAUUUUCAUUGUACCGAUUACUUAGUUUGUGGAGGCUGUUGUACACUAAAUAUGAGUAACAGAGGUUUAGGCCUAUUUCUCGAAACUCCACAUGUGG